AUGAAAAGGAUUUUAUUCAAAGUCAGCGAGGUUAAUGGUAAACGGUCAGUCAGAGUUCGAGCGAUGGAAAACUUUAUUUAUGAAGGAAAUGAAACAUACGAAAAUUUAAACAAGAAAUCAUUCACCAUUAACAUGUUAAACAGAAUGCAACCAAAAACACUACCUUUAAGCAGAUCUUUAUCUAAUGAAAAAAAGAUGGAUGUUGACAAAUUACUACAGUCUGUGUUUGGAAACUGGCAAGAGAUUGAGGACAUCCGUUUCAACUGGUAUAAAGAAGUUCUUUUCAAUACUCCAACCACUAUUCAGGAAACAAUUGAUGAUGAUGAAAAUGAGUGUGAUUGUCUGGAUAAUGAGAUUUGUAUGAGAAUUUAA